UAUGAGGGACGAAGGGGGAGGAAGAGGAGACUAAGACACGGGCAGGGGAGAAAGUUCCCGGAGCUGGGGGGUCUGGUAGAGUGUCUAUAGCAACUGAGGGAUGGUUAGGAGGGUUAGGAGGUGAAAAGUGAGGACUUGAACAAGGUUUGGGUUUACUUGUUAAUUAUAACCCGCUAGUCUAUUUGAGCUCUGUGAAUAUCUUUAGUAGGCUUUCUUUAAUCUGCUAGCAGAACAGUGAACUCAUACAUAACAUGUUUUAUUUGGGCUCUGAAUUCGUGUGGUGGUAGAGGUGACAUUUGUGACUUCACCCUUCACCAAGGACAACGCCCUCUUCGUCAGUUCACCAAAUAAAUGUGCAUAUGAGCAUGAAGUAAGAAGUAGCAGUAAGCAGUGUCGUACAGUGCAUUUCAGAGCGCACCUCAACCAAUUCAAACAGCUGACGGUUACUCAAUAUUAGCAAGCAGACCGUUAAACUUAGGUCCACUUAAAUGUCUAUUUCUGGUAACUUUUAACCCCAUAGAUUUACUAUUUACGUCUAUUGUAACACAAACCCCCGAGAUCUAAUCUUGUGGAGAUUGAGGGAAGGUUCAUAUGUUACCACCAGCGAGCCAUCGGGCGGGUGUUACAGUAAUUUGGAUAUAAAUAUUUGGUGAGAAUUUUACCAAGCAAGUCAAGGCCAAAUCUGUUAGUCGUGCUUGCUGAGUUUUGUGAUUUGGAGUUGAGCUCUGAUUGGAGGAGAGCUUGUGACGUCAUCAGACAGCUUGUUGCUGAUUGGUUGAACGAGACACGUGAUGUUUAGAAAGUCAACAGCUGCAAUGGGGCAAGCAAGCGUGCAGUUUGGUAAUGUUUUGUAAGGGAAGUGUUGCAUUAGCCUGACAUACUGUAUUGGUUUAUCAGUUACUUGGUGCGAUAUUAGUUUUGUUUACUCAUGAUGAUUUAGGGCAAUUCUAAGUUUGAUAAUAUUGACAUUCCCUCCCCUUUUCUUCAAUUACCCUCUAACCCGCUUACUAGCCUUGCAAAUCAAUAACGCCUAUUAAAUUAUAGCGUAAUGUUGGAAGUAGCUACAUCCAGAAAGAGACAGUUGAUUCGUGCGACUAAAGUUAGGAGAAGACUUUUCUUUUCCUCCGACGAAGGAGGGCCCAACAAGACAGUAGACACGACAUGUAGCAGCAGUAGUAGUGGGGUAUCAGGAUCUCUGGACGGGGAGGAGGAGGAGGAACUUGAGGACUUCUUCUUGGAGGAACAGUUUGAUUCUGUUAAUAUUGGGGACCUUAACAAAACCCCUGUUACUGUCGACCAGCCGAGCGCUCUUAAAGAGCCCCCAUCGAAGAGAAGAUGUAGAGAUAAAGUAGAUGCGAGAGAAUGGAGAACACGGGAAGGAAAACUUCUAUUCAAGAUACUCCCUAGCUCAGAGAGUUCGAAUGUGAUGAAACUGGACGAACUGAAGCAUGCUCUGAAGACAAGAAGGGACCCACAUGUUCUACGUAGAGUCUCAGAGAUUUACGAUGUGAUGAAGAUAAAGAUGGCGGGAAAACUGGUUAACCUACAUAAGAGGAUCGAGAGAGACAUGGAGAACCUGGACAAGACGAUGUCACCACGAAGCCUGCUACUGGAGAUCAGGAAGAAGGAUGCUAUCAAGGCAAUACUGGGAGUAUGGGGUCUGGACACCAAACAACACACUGACCAGAUGAAAACUCCUCCUAGGAUAAAAGCGAAAGUACCCCUCCAAGAGCUCACAGUUUUACCCGACGGUUCACUCAUCCGACCAAAUGACUCUGGAUAUAACGACACCAGCAUCAGAACAAACAAUCAAACAAGCACUCAGAACAUAAGAACUUGUGUGGAGGGUUGCUCCUGCGCGGGUCAAGAUAACGACAUUCCAGAUAAUGGAUCAGAGAGAGAUGACACACAAACAGACACAAAAACACAGGGAGACUGUAAUAAGAUACUGAACGUGACUCAGCCUGAAGACGACGAGAAACAGGAGGGAAAUGCUGUAGUUCCGAGGAGACCCUCAGCUAGUUCAGACGGGUCGUACUGCGAUUGUAACUUUUGUCUGCAAAACGGGGGUGAUCAGCCACAGCAACCUGAACCUCAAGAUCCUUUAAAACGGUUCAGAGAAGUGCAUGAUGCUCCAGAAUCGGACUGCAAUAACAUGGUUGAAACAGAACAAUACGACCAGCAAGAAACUCAUGGGUUGUCCCAUCAAACACUACAACUAGGUGAAGAGAGUUACUCCAGUCAAGUAACAAGGUUCAGAGAUAUCCACCAGGAGACCUGGCUCAACUCAGACGACAGCAUGGCCUCCUCCAUGUCCUCCUUUAACUGCCAGGAUGACAUCGUAGCUAGCAGCCCUCAGUCUUAUGACGUCACAAACACAUGCGAUGACGUCAUGAAUCAACCAGAUGACGCCACAAACGGAGUGUCUCAUGAUGACACAGCACUGAUGUUGGGAUCACUGAUGUUGCUGCCAGCUAGCACUCCCCAUGUGUUGGGAAGACCUGUUCGGGGGCUGACUGACAGUAUGGUGGUGUUAGGGAGUAACAGUCACGUGAGCAGACUGUCAGAUAGUGAGGACGAGACCUGAACAAUUAGGAUAAUCUUAAGACGAGAAUCUUAUCUGACUUGCAGUCCGGAUUAAGACGUCAGAGAUCGCCAAAUUCCAAGAAAUAACUUCUGUGUUGAAAGUCUUAGAUCAAUGAAUGAACUUGAUGAGAGAGGACUCAGACAAUGUGAAUAGCAAGCGAGAUACUGUUAUCAUCACAUUAUUGAUUAAUAUUGAGAAGUUGAACUUUAUGAACACCCGUUUUAGUUUCAUUCUAUUUAAGAUUUCAAGUUUGAUAAUUUUAUGACAGUACCAUAUUUAAUAUUUAUGACAUUAUAAAAACAUUGAUUUAUUCUUCUGUUU